GUGAAACCUGCAGCUGUUCGAGAGCCGCAGGGGAAUCAUGGAAAAAGCCGAAACCCCGCCGCUGUAGGAUCGUCCAGGGCCGCUCCCCACCGGAGGAGGACCGGCGCCGGGAAACUUUGUUCCCCGCCGCUGAGCAGACCCGAGCCCGCGGAGCUGCAGGCUCCCUCCGGUCUGUCCGGUCCCUCCCUGCGAGAAGACAUGUGGCUGAACCCGGAGGAAGUUCUGCUGAAAAACGCUCUGAAGCUGUGGGUGACGGAGAGGAGCAAUGACUUCUUCCUCCUGCAGAGAAGGAGAGGCCACGGGGAGUCGACUGGCAGGAUCACAGGUCUCCUGGUGGGAGCGCUGGACACGGUGUUGGACUCCAACGCCAGGGUCACGCCCUUCCGCAUCCUCCUCCAGGUCCCAGGCUCCCAGGUCAGCUGGGUCAUCGCGAGCGGAGCUGCCAGAGAGGAGUUGAACAAGCACUGGGACUGGCUGCUCCGCAACCUGCUGCACUCUCUGUCUGUGUUUGAGAACAAGGAGGAUGUCGCCAGCUUCGUCAGAGGAAAAGUGAAGGGCCUUAUAGCGGAGGAGGUUCGGGGCCGCCAGGCUGCUCAGGAGGAGGAGCCGGAGAAGUUCAGGGAGGCUCUGCUGAAGUUCGAGUUGCACUUUGGUCUCCCGUCGUCGGAGAAGCUGGUGACAUAUUACUCCUGCUGCUGCUGGAAGGGCCGGGUGCCUCGGCAGGGCUUCCUCUACCUCAGUAUCAACCACCUGGCCUUCUACUCCUUCCUGCUGGGGAAGGAAGUUAAAUUUGUCAUUCCCUGGGCAGAGGUGACACGGCUGGAGCGGGUCUCCACCGGUCUGAUGACGGAGGCCAUCAUGGUCCGCACCCGGCAGCGGCAGAGGGAGUUCUCCAUGUUCCUGAGCCUGGAUGAGGUGUUUGGGGUCGUAGGUCAGCUGGCUGACAUCGCCCUCAGGCGGCUGCUGGACAGCGAGGGUCUGGAGCUGGACCGAGUUCUGCAGCAGCCGGCGCGCAUCACCAAGAGGAUCCUGGAGGAACAGGCGUUGAGGGAGUACGUCCUGGCUCUGUUCCGGCUCCCCCGCGGUGAGAGGCUCCACGAGGUGGCGUCCUGCUCGGUCUGGACGCCACACUCCCGCUGCCACACGAGCGGGACCCUCUACACUGCCGACAAUUAUCUGUGUUUCUCCAGCCGAGAGGAAGGCAACUGCAUCCUGCUCAUACCCCUCGCUGAGGUGUUGUCGAUAGAAAGCGCAGAGAGCACCACUUUGCUUCCCAACCCCGUCAUCGUGAGCCUCCGGACGAAGAAGGCGUUCCAGCUGAUCGAGCUGCAGGACCGGGACGAGCUGGUGGAGAGCCUGAACUCCAGACUCCGAGCUCAGCAGUGGAAACAGUCCAUGUUCCGCAGCAAGAAAGACAGCAGGAGGAGUUUGCGCUCGCCAACCCCGUACUACACCUUCUACUACGACAAUGCGAUUUCAGACGAGGAGGAGAUGGAGGAGCAGGUUCUGCGUAACACGGUGAACAGUGAGGCUCUGAUGACGGCCUUCCACCAAAACCAGCCAGGGACCAACGGCAACAAGAGCAUGGAGCAGGUGAAGGAGCGGCUGUGGGACGACCACUUCGCCGAGUUUGGACGCGGCGUCCACAUGUUCCGCACGGAGAAGAUCCAAAGACUUGUUGCCAUGGGGAUACCGGAGUCCCUGAGAGGGGAGCUGUGGAUGACGCUUUCUGAUGCAUCCUCGGAGCUGGAGUCUCAUCAGGGCUACUACACCGGCCUGGUGAAGAAGUCCAUGGGCAAGGACAAGAGCAGCCUCGCCACCGAGGAGAUCGAGCGGGACCUCCACCGCUCGCUGCCGGACCACCCUGCCUUCCAGAACCCCACCGGCAUCGCUGCACUCAGACGGGUCCUCACCGCCUACGCUCAUCGCAACCCGAAGAUCGGAUACUGUCAGUCUAUGAACAUCCUGGCGUCGGUGCUGCUGCUUUACGCCAAAGAGGAAGAAGCGUUCUGGCUGCUGGUGGCGGUUUGUGAGAGGAUGCUGCCCGACUACUUCAACCGCAGAGUCAUAGGAGCUCAGGUGGACAAGUCUGUGUUCGAGGAGCUGAUCAGGGAGCGUUUGCCGGAGCUGGCCGAGCACGUUCCAGACCUCUCCUCCCUCUCCUCCGUCUCCCUCUCCUGGUUCCUCACCCUCUUCCUCAGCGUCCUGCCCUUCCACAGCGCCGUCUGCGUGGUCGACUGCUUCUUCUUCCACGGGAUCAAAGCCAACUUCCAGCUGGGUUUGGCCGUGCUGGAGGCCAACGCUGCCCAGCUCUCCGCCUGCACCGAUGACGGACAAGCAAUCAUGAUUCUCACAGGUUUUCUGGAGCAGGUUGGAAGUGAAGCGUCGCCUUCCCCCCCGUCGUCCCCACCUGCUGCAGACGAGUCCAGCCGCAGCGACUCUGAUGUUCCCGUUGUUCACGCAAACAUCACCGACCUCAUCAAUGAGUCGUAUGAGAAAUUCGGAGACCUGACAGUGCGGCAGAUCGAGCGGCUUCGCUGUCGACACCGGAUCCGGGUGCUGCAGGCUCAUGAAGACACCACCAAAGAGAACGCUUUAAGAUUGGUGACUCCAGAUGUUUCCAUCCCUUCAGAGAACUUGGCCGACGUCUACGACCUCUUCAAGACCGAGCACUUCAUCAGCCUGUACUGGGGCGACAGCAGCUCUGCGGCGGCGGCGGAGGCGGCAGCGUGGAGCCACACAGACUCCGGUCGCUCCUACCUGGAGCGGCAGUACCGGCUGGACCGGCCCCAGUUCAAGAGCCUGUACGGGCUGCUGGUGCCGUGGCCCGGGGACUCGAACCAGCACAUGGACACGGUGGCCAACCGCGCCUUCACGCUGCUGGACCAGGACCAAGACAACCUGGUGACGUUUCGAGAGUUUGCCGGCUGGCUGGACACUCUGUACUGUGAGGAGCUGAAUGAGAAGGUCCGGCUCCUCUAUCGUCUCCACAUCCCACCAGCUCUGACAGAAAGUGAGGAUGACCCCUCUCUGACAAAGAGUCCCCUGCUCUCCACCAACAGACCCCUCUUUGUUAAUAAGCCCUCAGGAGGGGUAGAAGAAGUGAAGGAAGAUUAUCAGGAGCAGCUGAAGCGGAUGCUGCAGGAUUUGGCCAAAGAGAAGGAGAAGGAUGUGGAGAAACCUCUGCCGCUCAUGAACCAGCGGGAGUUCAUCCAGUUCUGUAAAACCCUCUACAGCAUGUUCCACGGCGAAGCGGAGGAGAACGACCUCUUCCAGGCCAUCGCCACCGUCACCAGCCUCGUGCUGCAGAUCGGCGAGGCCAGCCACCGUGGCCUCAGCUUCUCGGAGUCAGAGGUCACGAGCCAGGAGGAGGUGGAAGGAGCGCCGUCCCCCCAGACUCAUGAAGACGCAGGGGCUGAUAAGGACUGGACGAUCUGUUUCGCUCAGAUCCUGGCGUCGCUGCUGACCGAGCAGGCGCUGGUGAACUUCUUCGAGAAGCCGGUGGACCUCACGGAGAAAAUCUCCGAGGCCAAGGAGAAGCAGUAUCAGCAGCGGGCCGGUUUGCUCACGCUGCAGCGACAGAGCAGCUGACCGACGUGUGAACACUGGACUGCGAAAUUAAGCCACAUUUCUUCAGUACCAUUGGACUGAAUGUGCAGCAGGUUCAAACUCAGUGACAUUUCUAAUAUCACUUUAUUUUGUGAAACACUGAAACGACUUUUAUCCAAAAUAUUUUGAGCCACAGACAGUUUUCGUUGUGCCAAGCGCACCGAGAAAUAUAAUCUGCCACCACUUUUAUUUAAAAGGCACCGCUUAUAAAGUGUUUAUAACCUGUGACUAAUAUUAAAAGGUGAAUAAUUUACUAAUGCUUCAUUGAUCAGUUAAUUAAUCAAUCAUUUGAUUAACUUCACUGAUGUCACAUUGUUUAACGUCUCUGGUGAGUCAUUAACAAUCAGAUCGUUAAUAAAAGUUUCUAAUAAAGCAUCAAA